UGGAUGCUUUUUAUCCCAUGCAGAUUUCACUUCAAUCUGUAAGGAGGUCUGAUGAGGGGAUCUGCUGUGUCAGUGAUGUUAUAGACUCUCCGACCCAAGACAUUCCAUCUGCUCUUGCUCCUGCUAUUCCCAAGAAGACUGUGGACUUAUUUGAGAUGAUUGAAAAAAUGCAGGGGAGCCGUCUGGAUGAACAAAGAUGUUCCCUACCAACUCCUCUCAAGACAGAAGAGGAGUAUAUUCCUUACCCCAGCAUUCACGAGGUGUUACAGAAAGGGUGGCCAUAUCCUCUCAUUAUCUUACCCCAGUUUGGGGGCUACUGGAUUGAAGGGACCAGCCACAGCCUCUCCAGUUUGAAUCCAGCUCUGUCUGACAUACCAUUUCCCUGGAGUGGUAAAGUGAAGCUGGAGAGCGAUCCUACAGCCAAACUGUACCGCAAGCAUUUCCUGGGGAAGGAGCACCAGAACUUUUACUCCAGUGACACGUCCUUGGGCUACCUGGUACUUUCUGUGAAAUAUGAACAGAUUGAGAAACAGGAAAACCUACGCUUGUUGCUGAGGACUCGAACUGGCACCAGGCAUGAUCUCAUCCCCAUUUCCUGUCUGAAUGAGUUUCCCAAUGCUGUCCAAAUGGCAAAGCUACUGUGUGAGGAUGUGAAUGUUGAACGAUUCUUUCCUGUCCUCUAUCCCAAGGCUUCACAACUUAUUGUGGCAUUUGAUGAACAUGUCAUAAGCAAUAACUUCAAAUUUGGGGUCAUCUACCAGAAACCUGGACAGACAACUGAAGAAGAAGUCUUCAGUAACAUAGAAGAGAGUCUGGGCUUCCUGGAGUUCCUGGAUUUCCUUGGUGACAGGAUUCAGCUGCAAGAUUUUCGUGGGUUCCGGGGAGGCUUGGAUGUCGCUAGGGGUCAAACCGGCACUGAAUCGGUCUAUACAAAUUUCCGGGGCAAGGAGAUCAUGUUUCAUGUGUCUACAAAACUGCCCUUCACUGAGGGAGAUUCCCAGCAGCUUCAGCGGAAGCGUCACAUUGGGAAUGACAUUGUAGCCAUCAUUUUCCAGGAUGAAAACACACCUUUUGUUCCUGAUAUGAUUGCUUCUAAUUUCUUACAUGCUUAUGUGGUAAUUCAGCUUGCUCACAGCACCAGUGGGGAGACUCUCUACAAGGUUUCAGUCACAGCCCGAGAUGAUGUCCCCUUCUUUGGGCCCUCUCUUCCUAGUUUUCAUUCUUUCUUGUAGAGUGCGGAGUUUCGUGAAUUCCUCCUGGCCAAGCUCAUCAACGCUGAGUAUAGCUGCUACCGAUCAGAAAAAUUUGCUAAAUUAGAGGAGAGAACCCGGAGCGCCCUCUUGGAGAGCCUUUUUGAGGAGCUGCAGCUUCGCAGCCGUAGUAUGAUGGGCUUGCCCGUAGGGGAGGAUGACAAGAUGGAGAAUGGCAGCGGGGGUUUCUUUGAGAAUUUCAAGCGGGUGAUCAGAGGCCGCAGCCAGAGCCUGGAUACCAUGGGGAUAUCCAUGAGAAAACAGCAGCCAGCUACCCUGCCCAGUCGCCCAACUACAGCUGGUCUUGCCCUCAGCCAGAGUGUCGCCGAGGGCCCUAAGGCCAUUGCUGCGUCUUUUGCCUUGCCUGGUAGAAGCCCAUCACGCACUCGAGCCAGCCGCUUCCAUGGGCGACGAAGUAGUGCCAUUGGCAUUGAGAACAUACAGGAGGAAAAGAGCAGGGACACUGCAGAGAGGAUACAGAAGGUGUUGGACAGUCCAGGAAUGUUCUUUGACCUGAAAUCUGAUGGAUCAUCUAGUCCGAGCUCCCCGGAAUUUCCCAGCAGGAAGAGCAAAAUACUCACGAGUCAAACUUCAGGAUACUGUGUGAUGCAGCCAUUCUCACGUUCUUCAUCCAAUGUAAGCAGUUGUUGUAGUGGUUUGAGGGAAAAUGCAACAUCUGAGGAAGAGGAGAAUGACAGGGAGCUGAUGCGCUCUCUUGAGGGCCCUCCAAAGCAGGAUUCAUUGGUUCAGAGUAUGUGGCUGGAUGAAAGUGACUGCACACCCACUACAUCCAGCUCACCAGGAAGCAGAUUGCUUCCUUCCAGCAGUGUCGCUGGCUCCAUCGAAAAAGGAAAAGGCAACAAAGCAGAUGCUCAGCACCAUAGUCCAGUCUCCAUUUUGUGCUGUGUGUGAAAACCCUCAUCGCUGGAGGAUUGUUUCAGUGCAUACCGGGAUUUGCUGUUCAAGCGAACAAGUGUUUAUCAUCUUAAAGCUGAGAAAGAGACAAAACUGGAAUUCCAGAUGCUGUUAGUCCUCUGCUUCCUCUAGUGAUGCGUCAAGGCAGCCAGGAAUCACUGAGAAAUGAAGCCUCAUAGAAAUUUGUUCAAGUGUAUUAUUCCAGUUCAACCAAUACAGGGCCAGGUUCAAGCAAUUUCAGUGUGAACUAACUACUGUAACGAGAAAGUGAAAAGUGAAGUGAUCUGGUUUUAAUUUUACUGUUUGCUUCUCUUUCCCCCUACAGACUGUAUGAUAGGAUGUCCCUCAGUCAUAUUCCAGAGUCACCUUUGGAUAGGCAGCAAUUAGGCCAUCCUUGAGGAAGCGAACCACUGUAUAGUUCAGGUACCAACUAAAUUUACAUGGUAUUCAUCAGUGUCCUCCAAGGACAUUACUGUAAACCUGGCAUUAAUGAAAGCCCCUGCAAGGGCUGGUCCUGGUCCCUGAGAAUGCAUGGAAGUCACCUCAGAUGUCAGUCAUUGCAGUGUAACAUAUAUAAACUACUGUCCACUUUGGCUACAGUUGCUUCUGAAGUACUUGAUGGGUUCUCAGAUUUCCCUUUGGGAUUGAUUUGUCCCUCUCUGAGUUUUCUCUCUAGUGUCUCCUCCAAUUGUCAUGUUACAGAGGAAGCAUAAAAGUUAAAAGGAAGCCUAAAUGCCUUAUUCCAUGCUUGAAGUAUCUAUACAGUAUCUUGGACUUAAAAUAAAAGGAGUAUGUGGCCAAGGUCUCUUAGGCUGUGUGUUUGUUUCUGAAGAUAUGAAUAUGCAUGAAGAUACAUGAAAUCUCUACACAGUCAAGAUCUCAGUACUGUAACAACAGUUAAUCCUCAUGCUUUAGAGUAAGAGAAAAGAAAAUAAUCAAAAAGGAAGAAUGUUUAAUCUGUAAGAAAUUUUUAAUGUUCAACAAAUCUGCUGAGAGAAAAGCAGGAACCUGGUGUCUGUAAAGAGCUGACCAGACAGGUAAUACUGGGAAGUCUCAAAAUUUAUCUUAUUUAGGGAUGAGACUGAGCUGUAAAAUUAGUAAUUAAAGAAGAGAAAGCCAUCUCUCCUUUAACUGCAUACAUUCAGAUGAUCACCAGAGAUUGACCACAUUUUCAUAAAUGCCAUAUCUCUGGGACAUUUUGUAAGGAGUACAGUAUUGUUAUUUAUGUAGAUAUGCACACACACACACAUAUAUUUUUUUCUCUUUACAUUUUUCCCCUGGAUGCUCACAGCUUGGGGCUUGGAAGUGAAG